UACGGAGCAAGAUCAGCCAUGUUUAGCGGCACAGAUAUCAGACCGUAAAAAAUUUGUUAAAUUCUAAGAAACACGAUCAACUAUGGAUCCCCGCUCUAGUGCCCAGGAUAUACACCGAUGUGACCUUUGUGAGACCGCCAUAGUACACAGCUACUGUGACUUUUGUCAUGUCAACCUCUGCAAGCCCUGUAUAGGUGAUCACAUCUCUGAUGGAUAUCAUAAACAUACAAUUGUGCCUUUCUAUGAACGAAGAUCAACCCUCAUAUAUCCAAAAUGUGGAACACAUUCAAACAAACAUUGUGAAUUACAUUGUAAAGAUUGCAGGUCUUUUGUUUGUUCUUCUUGCAUGGCAUCUGAACAACACAUUGGGCAUAGGUUUGUAGAAGUUAAACAUGAAUUUGAGACAAAGAAAGAAAUCAUCAAAAAGGAAAAAAUAGAACUAGGAAACUCUAUUUCUCCUAAAUAUGAAGAAAUUGCAUUCGAAUUGGAAAUCCAGCUUGCCAACCUGGAUGAAGGUUAUGAAAAACUUACAGCAGAAAUAUCCAAACAAGGAGAGGAAUGGCACAGAGAAAUCGACAUCGUUAUAAACAAGAUGAAAACUGAAAUCAAUGAAAUAAAAUUGAAACACGAGAGCAUUUUGAAGAAACACUUGCAUGAAAUAAAACAGAUGCAAUCUCUUAUAAAGGAAACUUUCAUAGUUUUAGGGAAACUUGAGAAGUCUACUGAAAUAUCCACAGCCAUAGAAUACAUAUCUAAGAUAAAAAUAUUCAGCAAGCUUCCACCUAGAGUAAAUGUAUUGCUGCCAACAUUCAUUCCUAAACCAAUUGACCAUGAGCAUUUUUAUAAUUUCUUUGGCCAGAUCAUACCAUUAUGUAAUGCCACACAAGAAAAUGCAUUGUCAAUAAACCAACCAAAGACUGCAGUCAGAGAGCUUCUGGAUAAACCUGAACUUGUUGCCACAAUACAGACUGGGUAUAAUGCUCUAUACAUUGUAACCUGUUUAAAUGAUGAGAUCUUCUGGACCUGUGGUGAAUUUGAUGGUAUCAAAUGCUUUGAUGUAAAAGGUAAUCUCCUCCGAACGAUCAAAACAAACUAUAGGAGGCGCUCAAAUGAUAUAGCUGUUGACGGUGAUGGGGAUCUACUGUACUCUGACUGGGGAACAACGACAGUGUAUAAAGUAAAGAAUCAACAAAGAAAAGAGUUGAUCAGAUUACAGGGAUGGAAGCCCCUUAACCUAUGUGUAACCUCUACUGGUGAUCUCCUGGUUACCAUGUACAAUGAUGAUGAAACCCAAUCCAAAGUUGUUCGUUACUCGGGAUCUGCCGAGAAACAAACGAUUCAAUUUGAUGAUGAAGGUAAACCUCUGUACUCCGGUAAUGGUUUUAGCAAAAAUAUCACCGAGAACAGAAACCAUGACAUCUGUGUUGCUGAUUAUAAGGCUGGUGCUGUAGUGGUGGUUAAUGAGGAUACGAAACUCAGAUGGAGAUACAGCGGCUAUCGCUCAACUACCAAGAACAAACCUUUCCAACCCCAGGGAAUCACAACAGACAGUCGGAGUCGUAUCCUGACCGUAGACGGUUACAACCAUUGUAUCCACAUUCUUAAUCAGGAUGGACAGUUUCUCCGUUACAUAGAUAAUUGUGAUUUAAGAUAUCCUUUUGGUCUAUGUGUGGACAAAAAAGAUAACCUUUUUGUCUGUGAUUGUGCGAACGGCAAUGUCAGAAAAAUCAAGUAUUCCAAAGACAUUUAACACUUGUUUCAAAAUAGUCUAAAUGUGACAUUCCCCCUUGAUUGUUGACAUUAUUUUCAAACAUGUACCCGUAGUUCAGUUUCUGUUCAAAAUAUGAUCUACUUUGGGUUUUAUGGAUAUCGAUCAUGUGACCGCCCGUAUUUAUAGCGAGCGCAGCUCGCCGGCGCGCAGCGCCGGCGCGAAGCGAGCUCUACCGGCAAGGCGUGUGUGAAUAGAAAAUUCGGACUAUUUGCACAUUCAUUCAAGGGAUUUUUUUGGCGUCAGUAAAUCGGACCAGUAAUGCCUUGUUUUAAUCGUCCCAGUAGUUCCCUGUAAUUAUGGUUUCCCAUUUCACACUCUCACGAGAACAAGAUAAAAGACUAUGUACAUGCAUUGUAAAUAACACAACGCCAAUUUCCAUUACUUUUAAGACUAACGGAGUUAUCGUCCUUUCGAGUGACGUCACAAUUGAUUUCUUGCACAUUGAUCCGACAGAAUUUUUCGGAGUCAGUAAAUUUCGACCCACAAUGCAAUUUCUCAAUGUCGACCGAUCUCACUAGACUGGAUACCAUCUCGCGAGAAUCAAAGUAAAACUUUUGAGAAACAGAUAAAUUGUGUAAUUUCCAGAACAUCAUGCUUUUUAAGUAAACAAAACAAUCUUUUUCGCGUAGUUUUUUCUAGUAUGUUUUCAAAGAGACAGACUACACUUGACCGACGUGAACUUUGACGUCACAAUAAGGGGAAACUACUCUAAGUAGUUAUUGUAAAUCUGCUGAAAUAAAAAUACUAAAAUCUUCUCAAAAUCUUGCAGAGCUAACGAAUCGGGAGAUAGGAAACAGCUGUAACUUGCUCUCAUUUGGAUGAAUGCUCACAUUUAUUUUAUUCACUAUAUUUACAGUAAUUUCCAGGAACGUUUUUUUAAAUGGGGCGUGGCAACAUCAUUCAAAAAAUCUUCACAAGCAAAAUGAAAAAUAAAAUUCUCAAAAUCAGGAAAAUUCUAAUCGGGGUGAGGAAUGGGGAGUGCAUGGUAUGCCUUUAGCUGCUCAAAAGUGUCUUUAUUUUCACUACUAUUUACGGUAUUACAUGGUCCCGGGGGAUCCAUUUUCCUUAUGUGAUCAACAAAUUUUUUUAUACGUAAAUUUGAUUUUUUUCUAAACGGGGAGGGGGGAUUCUGUGAUAAGUCAAUUUUUAUUUGUAAGUUUAAGAAAAAUGUCUGCUGCAAGAAAAGAGGAAAUAAACUGCAAUGUACAUUAUGUUAAAAUCUUUAUUAUUCAACAACAUUUUAUCUGAGAUAAAUUCUAUACUGGCGUGCGACCAGUAUAUAAACAA